UCAUGAAUUACCAGUGGACACACCCAAAGAUUUUGUAUUCAAUUGUCACAGCAAUCGGUAACCCACUACAAGUUGACGCUCCAAAUCUUAAUUUGUCUCGACCGUCGGUUGUGCGUUUUUGGGUUGAACUUGAUCCUACAAAAGACCGGCCAAAAUCGAUUAAAAAUGAUACUACAAUGAAGAAGACCCCCAAGUUGGCUGUCAAUGUUGAAUCGGAAAAAUUGCCGCGUUCAGCCCCUGAAAAGGUCCAAUUUGUUAUGCCUAAGCUUGUGCCAAAGUGGAGAGCAAGGAUGGAAUUAAGCAAAAAAGAUGAUCAAUCACAGACUCUUGCCUCUUCUUUUGGUUUGUCCAUUAAAGAGAAGCAGAACAUCCCCAUCGAUGUUGAAGGCUCUAAUCCAAUCAAUGUGGAGGCUCUCACUAGCUCUGCACUAUCACCAGCAAAAGAUGCCAUCUCUGCUCCUCAAACUGAGGUAGACAUGACAACAGUAAUCGAUGCUAAUCAAUUGCCUGAUGAAGAAACUCAAAAUAACCGGAUCUCUCCAAAUGUCGCAGAUUCUCAGAAACAGCGUGCUGUUUCCAUUGUUGUUGAAGAAAAUCCUGUCUCCUUAGAACCUGCUGCUACUAAUGCUUCUACUCUUCUAAGUUCUUUUUCUAUAGGAAAUAACAAUCAGGAACGUACACCGGCACCACUUAUAUCGACGCCAAUACCACGUUGCCACUGUGGAUGA